UGCGUUUUGACUCAUUCUUUAAACCCACCUCCACUUGUCCUGUUCCCUCGCCCACCUUUCUCUUCCCAUUAGCAUUUCAUUCAUCAUUUCUCAUUUCUCUCUCUCCCGAAAAAAUUUCUCUUAUUUUCCCGCAUUUUCUCGCCUGAUUCUCUGUUACUUUCUCGCCGGAGAAAAAAACUGGAAACAACUAGAUGAGGAUGGAUUACACCGGUACGUUGCCUAGCUUCUUCAGGUGUCCGAUCUCUCUCGACCUUAUGAGAUCUCCGGUGAGCCUCUGCACCGGCGUCACCUACGACCGUGCCAGUAUUCAGCGGUGGCUAGACGGCGGUAACAACACUUGUCCGGCGACCAUGCAAGUCUUAAAGAGCAGAGAAUUGGUCCCUAACCUCACGCUUCAGCGACUGAUCGAGGACUGGUCCGACUCCGUCGGCCGGAGAAGCUUCGAUUCGACGGCGGAGACGUCGCAAGAAAAUGGAGUUCCCGCGAUGGAAGAGGCGAAUGAUGCUCUAGCGAAGAUGAAGCUCGAUAUCGAUUAUGAGAUUCGCCUGGAGAUGUUGUCGAGAAUUGUCAGGUUUGCGAGAGAAUCCGAAGCCAACAGAGAAUUUAUGAUGAAAAAGGAGGGCUUCAUCCCAAUGCUCGUCGACAUCAUGGUAUCAGUCGAUGGUGGAGCACGGACGAGCACGAGAUUCGAGCUCGUUCUUCGUGCGAUCACGAUUCUGGACACGAUCAGGAGCGAAAAUGGAGGAGAUCGGGAGAGGUUUUCAAAUCUGAUGUUGACGAGGUCUAAUGGCGAUUGCUUGACCGCGAUUCUCCUCGGGCUUCAACGAGGGAAUCUGGAAUCUAAGAUCGAGUCUGUUAGGGUUUUGGAGUGGAUCGCCAUUGACGCGAAAUCCAAGCUCGUGAUCGCAGAACGAGACGGAAUCUUACAGGAACUGAUGAAAUCGAUCAACACAGAGUCCGAUCCGACCUUGAUCGAGGCAAGCUUAUCCCUCUUAAUCGCUAUUUCCACACCAAAACGAGUUCGAUCGCGGAUAAUCACAGCGAAAGCCAUCGCAAAACUCAGAGACCUCCUCCUUACAGAGACGACAAGCGUAACCGCAGGAGUGACGGAGAAGACGUUGAAACUGCUGGAGAUUAUGUCGUCUCGACGCGAAGGGAGAUCGGAGAUACGUGGCGGAGAUGGCUUGAACGGAGGAUGCGUGGAGGGCGUGGUGAGGAAGCUGUUGAAGGUGUCGACGGCGGCGACGGAGCACGCGGUUGCGAUACUUUGGAUAGUCUGUUACGUCUUCAGAUCGGAAUCUCCGGCGGCGGUGACGGAGGAGGAGAGGAGAAGCGGAGUGGGAAAGCUUCUGGUGGUGAUUCAGAGCAACUGUUCACCGGCGAUCCGGCAGAUGGCGAAGGACCUGAUAAAGGUGAUGAAGGUGAAGAAUUACGCUUCAUGUUUGGUUGCUUAUGAUACAAAGACCACUCAUAUUAUGCCCUUUUGAGUUUUGGCUUCUUUUUUUGGUUAUUAUUAUGAUUGCGAAUGUUUGUAUGUUCAUAAAAUGAAUAUAGAAGAUUGUAAAUCCGAUUUGGAAAAAUUUUGUAGAGAGAUUAAUUAAUAUAC